UCACCAACCUUAACGUCUCUACCUUUGCCAACCCUUCACGAGAGUUACGUGCCUUUCUUCAUUCCUUUUCUUAUAAACAACUCUAUUAAUUUCUCUUUUAAUUACAAUUUACAUUCUUACUUUCCCUUUUAACAAAAGCCACCACAUGGAUGAGCGAUCAAGUGAUGGCGCCGACCGGCGUAAGGGCCCUGGAAAGCAUGUUUCAGGGGCCGUGGAGCAGCAAGCCUCGGGCGUUCUUCCAGCUUCCACGGCCCCUUGUGGUGCAUGCAAGUUCUUGAGAAGAAAAUGCAUCAAUGGCUGCGUUUUCGCUCCCUACUUUGGUUCAGACCAAGGCGCGGCUCGGUUUGCAGCCGUGCACAAGGUGUUUGGAGCCAGCAAUGUGUCUAAGCUAUUGUUGCACAUUCCGGCUAACCGGCGGCAAGACGCGGUGGUUACUAUUACUUAUGAAGCUCAAGCUAGGCUCUCGGAUCCUGUCUUUGGUUGUGUCUCAACCAUUCUUGCUCUGCAACAACAGGUGGCAUCGUUACAAUCAGAGCUAGCAAUAGUGCAAACACAGGUGAUGAACAGCAGAUAUGCAAUGGCAAAUGCGUAUCACAAUAUUUCACAAGAACAACACAUUGCAAUUCUACAGCCAAGUUACUCAAACAAUUCUUCUAUUUCAAACAACAAUAUUAACCUCAUCAACAAUUUCAAUAACUUUACUACUAAUAAUAUUUUUGAUCAUCAACUGCAUGGAUCAGUUACCUGUACUGCUAAUAACUCUCCAAGUUUUGACCCAAUUCAUCAACUCCGUGAGGAGGAGGAGGAGGAGGAAGAAGAAGAAAGCCAUAAUCCACUUGCUUUUACUAAUCACAUGUUUCAUUCCCUGUGAAGUAAUAUUAUCACACUACACCUUUAAUUUUACAAAUAAUUGAGCUGUUUUAAUUACCAUAUAUAUAUGUUGAUAGAAAAAGUUUAUUAAUUAUUUAACUAGUAAAUAUUUCACUCCUCGCUUUUA